UUUUCUUAUCUCAUUUAUAAUUAUUUCUUCCUCCCCCAUCGCAUCAUCCCCCUUCCAUCGCUUUCUCCUUCCCACUGUCGAUCCAAUCUGAGGUUGUUAGAAUGGGCGAGGCAAAGAAGCUCGUAGACAUGGAGGAGGGAUCCCUGGAAAUUGGCAUGGAGUACAGGACUGUUUCUGGAGUUGCAGGACCUCUAGUCAUCUUGGAGAAAGUGAAGGGCCCCAAGUACCAGGAGAUUGUUAAUAUACGAUUAGGAGAUGGCACCAUACGACGCGGUCAGGUCCUGGAAGUCGAUGGUGAAAAAGCUGUUGUACAGGUUUUUGAAGGAACUUCGGGUAUCGACAACAAAUACACCACUGUCCAAUUCACUGGCGAGGUUUUGAAAACACCUGUGUCUCUUGAUAUGCUUGGAAGAAUUUUCAAUGGUUCUGGAAAGCCUAUUGAUAAUGGCCCUCCAAUUUUACCUGAGGCUUAUUUGGAUAUAUCUGGAAGUUCUAUCAAUCCCAGUGAACGAACCUAUCCUGAAGAAAUGAUCCAAACUGGAAUAUCUACCAUUGAUGUUAUGAAUUCCAUUGCUCGAGGACAGAAGAUCCCCCUUUUUUCUGCUGCCGGUCUCCCUCACAAUGAAAUAGCUGCUCAGAUUUGUUGUCAGGCUGGUCUUGUGAAGCGUCUUGAAAAAUCUGACAAUCUUUUAGAGGAUGAAGAGGACAACUUUGCUAUCGUAUUUGCUGCUAUGGGAGUAAAUAUGGAAACUGCACAAUUCUUUAAACGUGAUUUUGAAGAAAAUGGUUCAAUGGAGAGAGUGACUCUUUUUCUAAAUUUGGCAAAUGACCCCACAAUUGAGCGCAUUAUUACUCCACGAAUUGCACUCACAACAGCAGAAUAUUUAGCUUAUGAAUGUGGAAAACAUGUCCUUGUCAUCCUAACUGACAUGAGCUCGUAUGCAGAUGCACUUCGUGAGGUAUCAGCAGCUCGAGAAGAAGUGCCCGGUAGACGUGGUUAUCCAGGGUAUAUGUACACUGAUCUGGCAACAAUAUAUGAGCGUGCUGGCCGUAUAGAGGGAAGAAAAGGCUCUAUCACACAGAUACCCAUAUUAACCAUGCCAAAUGAUGAUAUUACCCACCCCACCCCUGAUCUUACUGGUUACAUCACUGAAGGCCAAAUUUAUAUUGAUAGGCAACUCCAUAAUCGACAGAUAUAUCCUCCUAUCAAUGUCCUUCCUUCUCUUUCUCGAUUGAUGAAGAGUGCUAUUGGUGAGGGCAUGACCCGUCGUGAUCAUGCUGAUGUCUCUAACCAGCUCUAUGCCAAUUAUGCCAUCGGAAAGGAUGUUCAAGCAAUGAAAGCAGUUGUGGGAGAGGAGGCACUAUCGUCUGAGGAUUUGCUCUACCUUGAGUUCCUAGACAAGUUUGAAAGAAAAUUUGUCGCUCAAGGGGCCUAUGACACUCGUAACAUCUUCCAGUCACUUGAUCUUGCAUGGACUCUCCUGCGUAUCUUCCCUCGCGAACUUCUCCACCGCAUACCUGCAAAGACGUUAGAUCAGUACUACAGCAGAGAUGCCGCCCACUGAUUUUGUCUGGACGACUCCAAAGUUUCAUCUGCUGUGCCACGAGGAAGCUGCUGGCUAUACUAAAAGCUCAGAAACUCGAGACUCUUUUCUGCUUGAUUGUGCAGAUUCAUUUCUUCUCCCUUUGCUAUUGAAUCUUAGAGCUGAACCUCUAUUGUAAUAUUAAGAUCUUGUACACCAAUUAAUUAUGGUUUUAUUUUGGUAUUUGUUGAAAAACCAAAAUUCGUUAUUAUUAUUGUAACUCUACACUCGCUGCUUUUUAAUGAUAAUGAAGACCACUAUGCAGGAAUUUUGUGCUGAA